GUCCUCGUCAAAGGAUUUUCCCUGGAGUAAGCAGACGGGCUGGAGGGAUACAGGAUGGCAGAGCUAAUAGGAGUGUCUAACGGGACAUACGGACGGACUGAUUUCUUCUAAUAUUUCAAGUACUGUUCGUGUGGGUGUGAGGCCUCGCCAUGCCGCUGGUGAAGAGGAACAUCGAUCCGCGUCACCUCUGCCGAGGAGCGCUGCCCGAGGGCAUCGGCAGCGAGCUGGAGUGUGUGAUGAAUAACACACUGUCUGCCAUCAUCCAUCAACUCAGCAGCCUUAGUAAACACGCGGAGGACAUAUUCGGCGAGCUGUUUAACGAGGCCAACAACUUCUACCACCGAGCCAACUCUCUGCAGGACCGCAUCGACCGGCUCGCCAUCAAAGUCACUCAGCUGGACUCCACUGUGGAGGAAGUUUCUCUGCAAGACAUCAACAUGAGGAAGGCCUUUAAGAGCUCCACCAUUCAGGACCAGCAGGUGGUGUCCAAGAGCAGCGUGCCGAAUCCUGUCAAAGAGAUGUACAAUCUGAGCGACAAGCCUCCUCCUCUCACUAUCCUCACACCCUACAGGGAUGAUCUCAAGGAAGCUCUCAAAUUCUACACGGAUCCAUCCUACUUCUUUGACUUGUGGAAGGAGAAGAUGCUGCAAGACACUGAGGACAAGAGAAAAGAGAAGAGGAAGCAGAAGGAGCAGAGGCGUUGUGUGGACGGGACGCUGCAGAGGGAGGUUAAGAAGGUCCGUAAGGCGCGGAACCGUCGGCAGGAGUGGAACAUGCUGGCUCUGGAUAAGGAGCUGAGGCCGGACCAUCGACACACCAUACACCGAGACAGAGCAGCGUCCUCCGAGGGGUCCAUGUCUCCAGAGAACAGGGGUCACAGUGUGGAUCAGCACCACUACCCCAACAGUAUAAACCACGCCGGCCACGCCCACACCUACUCAGGACCGCCGCCCAGCGUCCUGGCCGCCCAGAUGGCUGCUGGGCACGUCGCUCGAGGAGGAUCUGAACACGACAGCAGAGGCAGGACCAUGAUGGCCUAUCAGGGGGGAACGCUGGGCCGCUCCCACCACCACCACCAGGUCCCUCUGCCGCCUCCUCCGGCUGAGGUUAUGAACGGUGGCCCCAUGUCUCUUCCACCUGUGGACUACAGUAUGGACGGCUAUGCCAACACCGGUCCUCCUCCCCCUCCCCCUGCACCCCUCAUACCUUCCGCUCAGACGGCCUUUGCCUCACCACCUGGUGGCCCGGUGCCUCCCGGACCGAUGGCUGUGGCCGGCGGGUACGCUCCACCUCCUCCACCUGUAUCUGGAGUUCAGGCAGCUCCGCCUCCUCCUGGUCCUCCUCCUCCACUCAUCCCAGCUGGUGGCUCCCACUCCACAAUCCACAAGAUGUCGUCCAUGGCACCGGCUGAGAACACGGCGAUCAGUGAUGCUCGCAGCGAUCUGCUGGCGGCUAUACGAAUGGGCAUCCAGCUGAAGAAGGUGCAGGAGCAACAGGAGCAGCAGGCAAAGAGAGAGCCGGUGGGAAACGACGUGGCCACCAUUCUGUCCCGACGCAUCGCUGUAGAAUACUCCGACUCUGAGGACGACUCGGAGUUGGAGGAGAACGACUGGUCGGAUUAACACACACACACACAUAGCAUAGCAUAGGAAAACUACUGACACACAUGAGUAGAAACACACCCUGUUAAUCUCACCUGGAAGAAUCCUCACUGUGACACACUGACAGAUAAUCUAAUGCUGAAUAAUCUAAAUGGUUAAAAGAUGCUGUACAGAGACUUGUAAUAUAACAGUAAUGCUGACCACUAUAAACCAUUUAACAAUGAGCUAGAUGAUGAUACCCCAGUGGAUGUUCCUCUACCUGUUAUAACACUAUAGUCUACGUUUAAAGGUGCUUUUUUUCCUAUAUAGUUGAAGCUUGAGAGUGUUAGAAUUAUUAGAAAUGUUUCCUUUUGAUAUAACCUAUACAUUUUUUUAUGUUUUUACUAAAAUGCUAUGUCAUAGAUCAUAUUGUAAGCUGAAUAUAACUGGAAGAGUGGCAGAUUAAAGCCACGGAUCAACGUGCUGGUGUUCAUAAUGCUGUGCUAAUGGAUGGAGUAUAUGCUGUAAAAAUAAGUAUUAUAACUGAGCCACUUGCACUCGCUCUGUAAACUUUGCCCCGGAGAGAAAUAAAAUCAUGAAUGAAGGAUCA